AUGGCGUCCGUGAGAUCAUUCCCCUCUAUUAAAGAGGUCCGGACCUUUGUUAUUGGCGGUGUUGGCUCCGGCGGCGACUACCACAAUGUUAAGGGCGGUCACUGGCUGAUUGACAGUCCCAUUUCCACGCCGUGCUCGCGGUGGGAAAAGUACCGUCACUCCAGAACGAGCUGGGGUAUCAAUGUCCUGGGUUCAUUCCUUGUUGAGAUUGAAGCUACGGAUGGCACCGUCGGCCUUGCCACCGGUUUUGGAGGUCCCCCUGCUUGCUGGCUCGUCCACCAGCAUUUCGAGCGCUUCCUCCUCGGUGCCGACCCCCGCAACACGAACCUGAUUUUCGAGCAAAUGUACCGUGGUUCCAUGUUUUAUGGCCGCAAGGGUCUUCCCCUCGCUGUCAUCUCUGUCAUCGACCUCGCCAUCUGGGACUUGUUGGGCAAGCUGAGAAACGAGCCCGUCUACAGACUGAUUGGAGGUGCCACCAAGGAGCGCCUUGACUUCUACUGCACUGGCCCUGAACCAGCGGCGGCAAAGGCUAUGGGCUUCUGGGGCGGCAAGGUCCCCCUGCCCUACUGCCCCGAUGAUGGACAUGCCGGUCUCAGGAAGAACGUUGAGUUCCUGCGCAAGCACCGUGAGAGCGUUGGCCCUGACUUCCCCAUCAUGGUGGAUUGUUACAUGAGUCUGAAUGUGUCAUACACGAUUGAGAUUGCCAAGGCCUGCGAAGACCUCAACAUUAACUGGUGGGAGGAGUGUCUGUCCCCUGAUGACACAGACGGCUUCGAGCAGAUCAAGCGUGCGCACCCCACCCUCAAGUUCACGACUGGCGAGCACGAGUACUCGCGCUUCGGCUUCCGCAAGCUGAUCGAGGGUCGCAACCUUGACAUCAUCCAGCCCGACGUUAUGUGGCUCGGCGGCCUGACGGAGCUGCUCAAGGUUUCAGCCAUGGCGGCUGCCUACGACAUUCCUGUCGUCCCCCACGCCAGUGGCCCGUACAGCUACCACUUUGUUAUUUCGCAACCCAACACCCCCUUCCAGGAGUACCUGGCCAACUCGCCUGACGGCAAGAGCGUCCUCCCUGUCUUUGGCGACCUGUUCCUCGACGAGCCCAUUCCCACCAAGGGUUACCUCACAACGGCGGAUCUGGAUAAGCCCGGAUUCGGCUUGACGCUGAACCCUGCAGUGAGGUCUAAGUUGAUCCCAGGCAGGGCCCUGCUGAACACCAAUAUUGAGAGGCCUCUGAAGACAGUGGAGGAGCAGGAGGCGACAAACGGCACGAAUGGUGCCUGA